AUGGAAGCCUCGUGGGAAACCCUACUUCCGAACAUGAACAAACAGCAACACAAGCGCUCAAUCUCAGAGAAGUCCUUUACAUUCAAGAAGCGGCCAAGGCUCUUCACAUCCUUUAAAGGUAUCCUUCAAAAGAGCAAUCGGAGCACUACUUCCAUUCGUAUCAGCAAAUCCGCCAGUGAAUUGACUUUCCCUUCCUCCAAUCCAUCAAAUCCCUCGACUACCCGCACGAGGUCCCUAGAUAAUAAGCAUGAGACUGCAAAAUGGACACAACGAGGGCGAACGCCAGGCCUAGACGACUAUUUGACAAUGGAUCAAUUGGAGGGCAUUUGGCAAACCCACGACGCAUAUCUUGGAAACUUCGAUGUACCUCAAAGCGCAGCGAGCUACAAGUUUGUUGAACCUGUCGAAGCUCCGACGAUCAUCAGACAUCAGCAUCACUCUGCACCAGUGAGGCGCCCUAUUCGUAACCCAAGGCCAUUGAACAAGACGGCCAUGCUGCCCCAAGUAAACUUGCCUAUGGCCGAAUCCUCUCCACGGAGAGAUAUUCGUCAUUCCUCACAAGCAAGAGGGUCAGAAUCGAGACCUUCAACGCCACCUCGGCGAGAACCAGUUGAUGAAGACUUAUUGAAAGACGGGCGCCUGUCGCCAGUCAGAGCACCGUCACCACUUAGGCCCCGCAAAGCUGCCAGGCCUGCAUCGGAUCGGAAAUGCCCGGAGCCCAUCAGAGCACCAUCUCCAUUACGACCGCCGGUCCCUGCAAAAGACACACUUUCUCCGCGACAGCUAGUUCCUCAACUAGAAGGCCCAUCAAGCGGAUGGGAGCGUCCACUACUGCGACCCAUAACAGCUCCGUCUCACGGCGCCACUUUGCGCAGAUCAGCCCAGUCUCAGUCUUCGCCGCGACCGGUACCAUCAACAUUCACAGAAGUGAGAGAUGCCGUCGUGAGCGGCAUUGUCCAUCCUGCAUUUCGACCCACUCCCUACUUUGAUUCAAGACCUUCCACACCCCAAGCUGUUUUUUAG